CAAAAUGAGAAGACCACAAGUACUCGUGAGCAACUGUACUUGGCGAAUGCUAGACGGCGUUCCGCAUUUAUAAGCUAAACAAGUUGACCUAGAAGAAAAACAAUUAUUUGGCUUUUGAUCGCAGGAUCAGAUGGCGGACAAAGAGGUAGAGAAGGUAAGGCCGCCGUUAAGCUUUGUGCCUUGUCUAGCCGAAAUCGCAACACCUAAAAGACAUCGCCGCAACCACCGUCGCAAUUGUUGAUUCCGUACGACAAUAACGUCUGGAGAGCAAUGGCAGCAAGAAUGUCGGUAAUGCGUGCAGUGCGCCUGGCGUCCCCAGCCAAGGUGUCAACUGCAGCGUUGAGGCCUAACAUCUGGAUGCAAUGCUCGCACAGAAGCCGCCAAUUCUCUGUUGCAUCUGCUCUGCGCGCAAAGAAAUACUCGGAAGACCAUGAAUGGAUCGAGUUGUCGGAAGACAAAAAGACAGCCACUCUAGGCAUCUCAAAGUACGCGGCGGAUGCCCUAGGCGAUGUCAUCUACGUCGAACUCCCACAAGAAGGUUUGGAGGCCAAUGCGGGCGAUUCCAUCGGCGCAGUUGAGUCGGUCAAGUCAGCAAAUGAUAUCAUCACUCCGGUGACUGGAACUGUAGUCACCGCCAACAACGCACUUGAGGACGAACCUAGCAAAUUGAACAUAGACCCAGAGGGUGAUGGGUGGAUUGCGAAGAUAGAGAUUGGCGAAGACGGCGUGGCUGCUCUCGAAAAGCUUAUGGACGCUGACGCAUACAAGUCUUUCACGGAAGAAGCAAACGAGGAACAUUGAGAAAGAGCUAGCGAUAAGGAGGCAUGGUGUGAUAGAGCAAGGAGAUGGUAAUUCAACAAGACGGCCGUGACUAGGAUUGAGCGUGCGGCUUUGAUUAUCUAUUAAGCAAUAAGUGCACUAGGCAGAACAACGUAUUAUCCAAGUGAGUGUGUUUUCGUAUUGAA